UUGACGGCUGUCGAACAGUCAAAUAAAUACAUUUUUCUUUUUCAUGCGAGAGUAAGAGGUUUAAAAAUUUAGAAUUUUUACAGUAACGAUUUGGGAUUUGCAAAAUUCACGUGAAUGUUGAGGGCGAUACAGACCUGUGCCGGCCAACCGGUGCGCCACCUGGCCAGCUACGGCUCCAGAUUCACGUACCAGAGCCACCCGAUGUCGCAGCCCCGCAUCGAGAACUACUACCAGGUGCUGAACGUGCCGGUGGGCUCCAGCGAGCGGGAGAUCAAGCGGGCCUUCAUCGAGCUGUCGAAGAAGUACCAUCCGGAUGCGAACUGCGAGACCCGCGACCCGGCGGUCUUCAUGAAGGUCUGCGAGGCUUACCAGACGCUCCACCGGCACAAUUCCCGGCAGCUGUACGACUCCCGCCUGCGGAUGCAGCACCAGUCCACCCCUCCGCCGGAGACGGCGUUCACGGGGCGGCAUGUGUACACGGUGUGGUCGCAGUACCAGUCCGCCGUGCGGAACAAGCAGAUGGGAAGGGGAUCCCGGCGGUUCGGGGCCGGCAAGCCCAUCAUCUUCAAGGGGAAGGUGAUGGUCAACAAGUGGCUGCCCAUGCGAACGGCCCUGGUCGACCUGCAGCGGAUGAGUUUCAAGGGGUCCUGGCAGGACGAGGAGUACUCCUUUCCCAACAGCCCCAUCUUCUACCUCUACGCAGCCGGAUUCUGCUUCGUGGGCGGAUUGAUCCUUGUGGAUGUGAUCGGCCGACUCCAAGAGCAGCCACCAUCUCCAGAGGGCGAGACGGAGUCCCCCAACAGAUCCUGAGGCCUCAACAAUCAUAUAUCCAAACAUCCAACCACCUGCGUCAUUUUGUUUUUCUGUCGAAUCGGCCAUUGUUGUACUCCCUGGUCUCGUUUGAAAGAAAAAUAUAUAAAUCUGUUCGUUAA